UGUCGUAUGGAUAAUAAAGCAAAGCAGGACUAACCAAACGCCACCUGUCUCGACCACAGCGCCACCACGGCCACGCCAAACCUCCAUCCUCUCAAGAAAUUACUGAAUACUCGAACAGAAAAGAGGAAAAACCCACGGUUUUGGUUUGUUUCUCUGCCUUCUCAGAUCAGAAUCUCACUUUAGAAAGUUCUGGAAAUCAUGGGCAUAGCCACAUCCACAGCCAGUGAUUCUGUCAGAAGGUUCGGUUUCGCUUGACAUGGAGGCACGGAGGCUCGCCAUUCUCUCUUCCCAUAUCUGCCCUCUCGGUUCCAGUCAGCCUCGGGGUCGGACUCCCAUCCCACUUUUUUCAACCCUCUCCUUUUCCGAUUGCGCUUCUGAUUCGGAUGAGACUAAGCGGUUGCGUGAUUCUCAGAAGAAGGUUCAGCAAAACGACUGCGUUUUCUGCAAGAUUGUGUGCGGUGAAUCACCAGCUCUCAAGCUCUAUGAAGAUGAUGCGUGCCUAUGCAUAUUGGAUACAAGUCCUCUGAGUCAUGGGCAUUCUCUUAUCAUUCCAAAAUCUCAUUUCUGCUCCUUAAAAGCUACUCCACCACAUGUGAUAGCUGCAAUGUGUUCGAAAGUGCCAUUUAUCAGCAGUGCAAUAAUGAAAGCUACUGGUUGUGAUUCGUUCAACUUGUUGGUUAACAAUGGUGCAGAAGCUGGCCAAGUAAUAUUUCACACUCAUAUUCAUAUCAUUCCUCGUAAAGCACGAGACUGCUUGUGGCCUUCUGAGAGUUUGCGGAGGCAUCCCCUAAAGUUGGACCAGAAUACUUUUAAACUUGUCAAUUGUGUUCAAGAAGAGCUAUCGCCAGCGGGAAACACUGAAGAUGUCAAUGAUCGAGGAUCUACCCUUGCUAAAAAUUAGUGUCAUCCUGAUAUGCGGUUGUAAUUUAUGCUAUGAUGGUAUGUGCCUUUUUGCAUAUAUACAGAUCUUGAUUUGCAGCAAUAGGCCCUAGUGCUCUGUCUCUGUUUCUUUUUCAGUUUUGUAAAUUUUGUGAUAAAUCGUGUUAAGUUUUACACAUGUACACAGUCAAAAUAGACAGAUAGACGCAGAGACAGGCAGACAAUAUGAAUCUUUCGCUUUAAUAGC